AUGCAAUCAAUUCAAUUCAAUUCAGCUUGUACCAUCUCGGGGACUUACGGCUACGAACACAUCCUGACCUUGAACAACCUAGAAAAGGCCGGGCUUCUGAAACCCCAGCUGGGCAGUCGGAAUAACUACCCAACCAUCCGAAAAACGCUGCGUUUGUGGAUGGACGAUGUCAACGAACAGAACCCGAACGACAUCUCCUACGUCUACAGCGGGUAUGCGCCUCUGAGCGUUCGCCUGGCGCAGCUGCUGGCCCGCCCGGGUUGGCGAAGCAUUGAGGAAGUCUUGAAAAUACUUCCUGGUCCACAUUUUGAAGAGAGGCAGCAGCUGCCAACCGGACUCCAGAAAAAACGCCAGCACGGAGAAAACCGCAUCACUCUCGUCUUCUUUCUGGGAGGCGUCACCUAUGCUGAAAUUGCAGCGCUGCGCUUCCUCUCCCAGAUGGAGGAUGGCGGCACCGAGUACGUCAUCGCCACCACCAAGCUGAUCAACGGGACGAGCUGGAUUAAAUCUAUGAUGGAGAAGCUGGAGCCCCUGCCUUUCUAGGAGAAGCAGGGCUCAGGAACCGAGCAGGACUCGAACGAGGUGGGACUGCGGACUCGGGAGAGACGGAAGAGAGAAGGUGGAUCCUGGACUUGCAGAUUGAUAAGGAAGGGUUCACCGACAAAAGCGCGCCCGACUAAACCGCAGUGACAAAACCGCGAGUUCUAAAGCGCAGCAAUGAACGAGCGCUGAAGCGCGGCGACGACAGCGCGGCGACGGAAGCGCGCUGUAAACCUAACCUUAAACC